GCCUUACCUACCCCUCCGUGGCAGCUUCACGACCACUCACAACCUCCACCACCUCGACACCACCUCGACACCACAUCGGUCGCACUCACUUUACUUCUUCGCAACCUGGUCAUCAUUUCCACACACGUCGACGUAAUCUCUCUCUCCCCUUUCUUUCUUCUACCUUCUCACUUCUCUCUUCUCUAUUUUUCCCUCUUCCCCUUGGUCCGUUGGCAAGCCGGCUCGGCAUCAAUCCAGCUUCAUCGCUAUCAAGCAUCUUCUUCUAUACCCCACCAACCAGGUGCACGUCCGGAGAGAGCAAAGCAGAGCUCGGCACGUCGCCGACGACAUGGCCUGCUCCGCAGUCCGCGAGGCCUUGGCUCAGGCCCUGGACGCUCCCAACCAGGCCGACGCGUUCGAGCCUCUGCUCGAUAGCCUGAGAGCCGUCUCCACGCCCGAGACCGCCACCGGCGACGUCAAGGCCUUCGUCGACGCCGUCUUCAGCCCCCUCUCCUCUCUUGGCGCCAACAACCAGCGCACCCUCCUCAACCGCUUCGUCGCCGUCGUGCGUCACCAGUUCGACGGCCCCCAACUGUGGAUCGACGCUGCUCAGCACGCCCUCGCCGUCCUCGCCGCCCCUGCCACGUCUUCUUCCUCGCCCCCCUCUGACAGCAGCAACAGUGCCUCCGCCGCCGCACCCGCCGCCGCCGCCGCCGGGGCCCCGUCGUCGUCCUCGGCGCCCACCUCUGCUUCCUCGGGCACCUUUAUCGAGCAGGUGGCCGCGCUGCGCGAGCUCGCCGCCGACGGCUUCGAGGCCGCCGACGACCACGCCGCCGCCGCCCGCGCCCUCGCCGAGAUCCCGCUCGACUCGUCCCAGCGCCGCGUGUCGGACCAGGACCGCGUCGGCGUCUGGGUCCGCAUCGUGCGCAACCUGCUCGAGGUCGACGACACCGCCGCCGCCGAGACCUACCUGAACAAGCUCAAGAACGUCAUCUACCAGGUCCAGGACCCCGUCCUCAACCUGCACUUCCGCCUCUCCCAGGCCCGCAUCCAGGACGCCAAGCGCGAGUUCCUCCCCGCGAGCCAGGCCUACCACGACAUCUCCCUCUCCCCGGCCGUGUCCGAGGACGAGCGCCUCCACACCCUCGGCAUGGCCGUCCGGUGCGCCAUCCUCGCCCCCGCCGGGCCCCUGCGCCGCCGCGCGCUCGACCGCCUCUUCCGCGACGAGCGCGCCCCGCACCUGCCCGAGUUCGGCAUGCUCGAGAAGAUGUUCCUCGACCGCCUGCUGGCCCCCGCCGAGGUGCGCAAGUUCGCCGAGGGCCUCGCCCCGCACCAGCUCGCCAUCACCGCCGACGGGUCCACCGUCCUCGCCCGCGCCGUCGUCGAGCACAACCUGCUCUCGGCCUCGCUCCUCUACAGCAACAUCGGCUUCGACGGCCUCGCCCGCCUCCUCGGCCUCGACGAGAAGGAGGGCGGCGGCGGCAGCGGCGCCGCCGACGACGCCGCCUCCCGCGCCGAGGACAUCACCGCCCGCAUGAUCGAGCAGGGCCGCCUCGUCGGCCACAUCGACCAGGUCGAGCGCACCAUCUGGUUCGGCGGCGGGGGGCUCGACGCCGCCGCCGCCGCCGCCGCCGCCGCCGAGGACAAGGGGCCGACGGCGGGCGCCGGGGGCUCGGGAGGAGGAGCUGGUGGUGGCGGUGGCGGUAGCGGCAACGGCGGCGGCGACGACGGCAGCCACGGCGCGUCGGCGGCGGCAGCGGCGGUGGCGGCGACGGCGGGCGGCGUCGGCCGCGAGAUGCGCCGCUGGGACGCCAACGUGCAGAGCCUCGCCGAGGAGCUCGAGAGCGCGACCAACGCGCUGCAGCGCGAGUUCCCGGCCUUCGUCGCGGCGAACCUGGUGGUGUGAAGAGCGGACCCAGGACGGCCCCGGUCUGGCCGGGCGCGGAAGGAGAGGAGGAAGGGGGGAAGAGCAGAGCGCGACGCGGCGCGGAGGGAGAAGGGAAAUGAAAAACAAAAACUUUUUUUUUUACGAGCUUGGAAGGGAGUGAGGGGAGAGGGAGAGGGGGUGGGGGCUACGGUUGCGGACGCAAUGGACACGGCCCAGCAUAAAGGGGUAAGGGGAUAUCAUACCUACGCUGGUGGGAGGAGGGACGAAUGAGAG